AUGGGAUGGCCACCAGCUCGAUCCUUCCGCAAGAACAUCAUGGCUCAAAAGAACAACAUUAACCAAAAGUCUGAGAAUUCAAAGGCAUGCAGCUUAGCAUUUGUUAAGGUUUCCAUGGAUGGUGCACCGUAUCUUCGUGAGGUUUUGUUCGUAGCACUCUGUAGAGUUUUAUCGAAUCGAUUCAUACAGAAAACAGCAAGUUAUAAACGAAAGAUGUCUUCUUUAGGGACUUCGAAAGGAAUUCUGGAGAUUGCAAAGUUCGCUGUUUACGUCAGUGUUCCAAUUGGCCUCAUGUAUUUCUUUGCUAAUAACACCGGGAAUCUCCAGAAAGUCAUUAACAAUCGUCAGUAUGUUGUAUAUCCCCCUGAAGCACCACGGCCUCCAUCACCUGAGGAAAUGAGGGAGAUGGCAAGGGAAUUAGCUCGUAAGAGAGACAGACAGUAA